AUGAAGCUCUUCUCUGCUCUCUCCGCUGCCUUUGCUUUGGCUUCGGCCUCGUAUGUCUUAGCCCUACCAUCUCCACAAUCCAAGGGGAAGGCUGCACCCCCUCCCUCUGUGCCGGAGGGAUUCAACAUCACGAGUCUCAAUCUGAAUGGCUCGGGCUGCCCUCCUGGAUCUACUUACUACGUUCUCAACGAGGAGCGAACUGCUGUAACAGUCACCUUCAGUCAGUAUUACGCGGAAGCAGGACCAGGCAUUCCCAUCAGUGCCAACCGGAAGAACUGCCGACUAACCUUUGGCGUAAAGGUCCCAGCUGGCUUUACCUUUGGAAUUGCCACCGUCGAUUACGUGCGUGUUGACUGGUUCGACCUGCAAGUGCAGUCGACUAAAAACUCAUCCCAAAGCGCGGGUACUAUCAACUCGAUAACAAGGUUACUGCCUCACAGCAAUCCAUGUAUUACUGUCGGUAUCCCUUCUCCUUCCAACGUUACCGUGAUUGACCUCAUUGACCUCAUCCAACUACCAGUCCAGGGUCUCCUGGCCCAAGCCACAGCCCGCUCAGAACUCGUCGGUCCUGUCGAUGGCGCAGACUACCUCUACCGCGAUAAGUUCGAUCUGGCAUCGAUGGUUCUGGCGCCUUGCGGAUCCAGCACGGUGUUGAACAUCCAAACUGACCUACGGGCGAGCAACGCUAAGAAUACAAAGGGAUCUGGGUAUAUUGCGACAGAUUCGAUCGAUACUACGCUGAAGCAGACCUUCAACUUCCAUUGGCAGACGUGCAAGAAGUAA